AGCAGCACCGUACGGGCAGGAGGCCUGCGCUCCCUGCACUGCCACGGGGCUCAACCUGCUCUGAGCAAAGUGUCCCAGGGACGAGGGGAGCGGGGCAGUCGUGGCCCCCCUGAAAUCUCUUCCAGAAGGGGCUGCUGCAGCCCUGGCGAGGUGUGAGCACGAGGGGACGUGCCCGAGCUUCCUCCACACACUCUGCCAGUGUCCGGCCAUCCGCACUCAGGGAUGCCUGGACCGGAUACGGUUCCUGAUUUACCCCCAUGGGAUUUUAAUUCAGUCCCCAGCCCCCCCUGGAGCCCACGCAAGUGCUGAGCACCCCAAAGCUCAAAGUCAAGGGGCCCCGCGGUGCCGGACGGUCGCACACAAGGGGGACAGCUGUGGCCCAAGCCAGAGAGGAGGUGAUAAUCCCUUUUCCUAGCACAGCUCAUUGGAAAUAACCGGCACUUCUAGCACACUGGGCAAUCGCAUGUCUCAGCAUAUGCCAUCCCUGGCCGGAAUAAAGUUUAAAGCUACACAAGCAGCGAGAAGCCUGCAGCAAAUUGGUUUUCGCUUGCUGGGUACGUUCAGUCAUGAAUAAAACACAAACACUGACAAUUAAGCAUCUCUCACUUCUUCCCCACAGGCCCCAGGAUCCCAUUAAACUGGAACAUUCGCGUGCUGAUGUGAAUUCAAUGUUUUAGAGCCUUUUUGUAGGCCCCUAAAAAUACAUUCACAUGGGCUGAAUGUUAAUUAUGCCUCUGAUUUCGCUGAAUCUCAGCCAUUUUCGCUCCCCACUUUCCCCGCUGAGUAUUUUUAGAGCGCUUGAAAGCUCCUCGGCACCAAUCUGUUGCUGGGAUCCUGCAGGGAUGCUGCUCCUGGUGCCAGGCUGGCACCCCGUGUCGGGGACAGGGACGUUAGUGGGGAGAAAUGCAGCCGAGCUCUGGCUGCGAGGGACCCAGGUGAGGCAGGGGGAAGCGGCCAGACCCCAGAUCUGCCUCUGCAUUUCUCUCCUGGAACAAAAGGGAGGCUGCAGCAGGAUGCUGCACGUGGCACGGACACAUCCAGCGGAGAGGGAAGUGGAUUGAGCCUUAUGGAAACCUCCUGCUCCUGCUCCCAGCUGCCAAGGUUUUGGUGAAGGGUUAUUUGCCAAGGCUGAGCCGUGCCGGGUACCUGCUGCCACCCUCCUCUCCCUCUUCCCUCGCUACCUGGCACAAAUAUCAUGGCUCUGCACAAACUGGGACUCAUCUACUGCAGCUCUCCUCUGUGUGUGCUGCAAACCCCUCCUCUGCCUCCAGUGCAAACCCAGCAGGAGCUCAGAAGCAGGGCAGGCACAGCAAGACCUGCAGCACUCCUUUUUUUUUUUUUUUUUUCCAUCCUGCUUUAAGCACCAACUGCUUUUUGCCGCAGCAAGAGGGCAGGAGGCUGCAUCCGUGCAAGGUCCCAGUGGGAACCCCAGUGGGGAGAGCACUGCCUCACGCUGCUGGCACAAGAGGAGGUGCCCUAACAAGAGAGGGGCACGGAUGGAGAGGCUGCUCGGACACCAGAUGUAUGCAGCACCCAUCACGCCGCUGCCAGGACACCCUGAGCCACCAAGUCCUGCGGGAGCAGAGGGGACAAGGCAGCCCGGUCUCCGACAGACGGAUGGAGAAGCACCUCUGGGUUUCUGCAAGCCCCAUCAGGAGGAAAUUCCUCCGAGACCCCGUUUCCCCCCCUGCCCUAACAGCGACCCCCAGCCCAGAGCGCGCACAGCCACUCGUGAGUCCUGCUUGGGAAAACAAACCCCACGGAGGCGGUUCCUCCGCUAUCAAAGAACAUCAAAACUAUUAAAAGCAAGAACAGUUGAGUAAACAUCAACCUCGACGGCCUAAGCAAACACGGAAAGGGAAAUCUGCAAGUUAAUGGUUUCUGUUCCAACGGUUCCUUGUCCGCAUCACGCAUCCUGCUCGUACCCUGCCUGGCGUGGGACUGCCCAGCCCCUGCCCAACAAGGCAAACACGGGGACUCUGCGAGCUCUGGGCUGGGUUAGGGCAGAAACCAGCCGGGAGACUGGUUUUCCAGCCUCACCGUUAACAAAGGUCGAGGAAGGACGUUUGGAAAUCACGGUGCUUUGUAUUAGAGAUUAACCGAGGGCUGCUCCUCGCCCCAGCAGGCACAAGGCUCCCAUCUCAGCUGCUCAAGGUCCCUCCGUGUGCUACCAGGGGGCACCCAGGCCGCUUUCCCCAAGGACCUCGAUGCUGACGGAUGCAGCACCACGUAAAUAUUUACUCCCAACCCAACAGCCUGGGAGAGACUCCAACCUACAUGCUUUUUUUUUUUUUUUCCCUUCCUUCGCCAUAACUGGGUUGCAGCAGUGCUGUCGGAUGGGCGGGUGCCGUGCCUGGCAUUAUAUAAGCUCUGUCCCACUGCGUCUGCUCCUUCUCUGCCUAACGACUCAAAACCUGCCACAUCUGAUCUGCCUCCACCUCCUGCCCAGGCCCCAGCUCGAAGGGAUACGGAGGGAAAGGUGCUGGGAACCCAGCCCAGAGGCAGCACCCGUGGAGCACAGCUGUCCGAGCGACCCAGACCCCACACGAGCAUUUGACCGAAGCGAUGCUUCUUGCAUUGCAGCUAAAAGAGGCGAUCUGAGUGCCCCGAGCUGCUCACAGCCAUUUGGAAAUCUUCUCUCCAGGCCAAAAGAGGCCAAUUUGCUGCUCUCGAAGCACAGGCCACUUGAGAGCUGCUCCGGGAGCUGGGAACCCGCUGUGAAAGGGGACCAGCAGCACCUCCCGGUGCUCAGCCCAGCUUCGUCCCACAGCAGAAAGCCCCCAGGACCACGGGCACGGCGUGCCCAUGGGGUCACCUGCCCGCCAGCACUGCCCCAUCCCACCCACCCUGGACUGCUCUCCCCUCUCGUCACCCCAGCCACUGCAGUACAGCUCCGUGGGGCACGGGAUCCAAGGUCAGGCUUAGUCAUAGCUCUGGCAGCGCUCCCCUGAUUUAAGGACCUUUCCCAAAGCAGUGCAGAAAGAAUGUUUUAAUAGUGUUUUAAUCAAAUCCUUUAAAAGAAUGCUUACGGCGAAAGAAAGGAGAAGCCUUUAUGUGCUUCCCUGCCCCAUGCCACGAGCUCCCACCCCAGGGACAUGGCUGGAGUCUGAGCCACAAAACCUCCCCCAGCCCCUAAAAAUCGCUGAUGGUCAGAAGCCAAAAAUAAAAAACACCAGGCUCCAUUUUCACGAUGUUUGCCAAGACCCGAGGCACCGGGGGCUGGCAGGACUCAAAGGCGAGCCCAGCCUUCAGCUUGCCCACGGGCGGCCCAGUGCUAAGCCCAGUUUUCCACCACUGGUCCCAGCACGACCUCAGCCCACGUCCCAGUGCCCGGUGAUGCCAGCAGGGUACAAGGACACGGCGUGCCCGCCCUGGGGACCAGCGUUAUCGGGUCCCAAUGGCUCCCAGAGCUGCCACACGCUCAUCUCCAUGAUCCCAGAGCCGGAUUGCUGCGAGGCAUUGCGUCCCCGCAGAGCUCCCCAAGCAGGUCGAAUUUGGUGGUUAACGUUUCCUCCUUUCGUGGCAGAAAAGGUGGAGGGAAACCCACCCCACGUUUGGCUUGGCUGGUGUUUCGGCCGGAGCCCGACAAGCGGAUGGAGGAAUGCAGAGAGAUGAGGCCGGGGAGCGGAGCUCCUGCAGGAAAGCUUUGCACGGACAGGGACCGGUGUGGUGUGGGAGAGGAUCGGCCACGUUUCCAACCCGCAACCCCUCCGGAGGGCAAAACCCAACCUGUGCACGGCCCUCCUCCGCCACGGGCAGCACCGGGAGCGCCAGCAGCCACGAGGGGAGGCAGCACACGGCGCUGGCACGUUCACAGUUAAACGUCACGCUCCUGCGGCUUCACCCCCGGCUUCCCGAGUGCCCACGCACCGAGAUUUAUGGGAGAGCCACGCUGCUUCCAGGAGGAUGUCUGCUAGCUGAGAGGAGGCACGAGAAACGAGGCCAGUUACAAAAACAUCCCAUUCCCAGGGCUUCAGAAGUCUACGAGAGCUGCUGCAGGCUCCGGCAGGCGUGCGGCAGCCCCUGGGGAGAACCUGCACGGUUAUCGGGCAGGGAUUACACGGCCCUUCCACCCCCUGGGAGAUUUGUGCCGAGAGGACGGAGGUGAGCGCUGGGUUAGGCUGGACGAGGAGGCAGAGAGGUCCCAGUGAUGUACCAACGCACCACGGCCAUGCCACCGCACUUGCUGCAGCCCUGGGGACCCCACGGUGGGACCGGUGGCAUCGUGGCUGGGGCAGGGAUGUGCUGUGGGGUGUGCAGCGGUGCUGGAAAAGCCCAGGGAGAAGGCACCGGGCCGGGAAGGAGGCAGCGAGGGGGAGCAGGCACGCUCAGCAGGGCUGCCCUUCUGAAGGACACUGCAGAGAGCACCGGCUGUGGGAAGCACACGUGGCUCAGCAGCGCCAGGGCCCCUCCAAAAGCCGGUUUAACCCUUCUGGGCAGCGGGCUGGCAGCAGCCAGGUGGCUCCUGCUCCGUCAGCAAAGCCACCAGCGCGGCGGUGACAGAUGCAGGGGGGUGCUGGCUCCUUCCCGCGUGACACGGGAACCGCGGAGAGCCCCGACACACGGACGCUUUCCUGGGCAAGCCCCAGAUGAAGCCACCCGUGUGUCACCAGCCACAGGGGCCGGGCACUUGCGAAGCCGUUUCCCAGCCCGCCGAGGCACUGCAAGGGCCGGAGGAACGGAGCCGGGCGGUGUCUGCACGGGGAGGCCAGGGGACAGGACCGGGACCUCGGAGCCAAGAGGUGUGCGGGAGAUUUCUCACAAUUCCCCCUCCAGCAAACCCAAACCCCUCGCAGAGGAGACCUGCACGUCGGAUCACAAAAUCGGGUGCUGCAGUGGGGAAGGCUUUCGUACUCCGCAUUUUGGGGUGGCAAAGGGCUGAGGAUGUAGGAGCAAGCCGCAGGCAGCGCUAAAGCCCCGCGUGGAUGGAGGAACAGAGCCCUGCUGCCAGCUCUCCUGCCAUGCUGAUGUCUCAUUAGCUCCUGCUUUACCUGCCAACCGUUUUCCACAGCAGACCUCUCAUGCUGCCGGGGCCCCACGUUCCCUCCCUCUCCACGGGUCCCCCCUGCCCCACGGGGCCAUCACAGCACCGGGAUGCCGGGGAAAGGCUGUCCCGGGGGACGUCCGCCCCGCGGCAUGGGGCUGGCAGGGGACAAGGAGCCGGUCCCUGCGCUCUGCCAGCCCUUCUCUUGGUGCGUGGGGGAUUUUGGGGGAUUCACAGCCUGUGGUUGUAGAAACAGCUGUGAUUCCAGUUCUCUGGUGUUCCUCCUCGCUGCCCUGCCUGCUGGGGCUGCGAGGAAAGGGCUCCCCACGUUGUCCCCACGGCACAGCAGCGCAGCUCCCCGAGGCCUCGCUGCUGGCAGCCCCUCUGCUCCCAGCUGCAACCCAUCGAGACAGCAUUUUGCAACCCGCCCCCGGGGGAAAUAACCCGUCCUGCGCUCCCAGACCCUGACCGCAGCUCCAAAAAAGGAGCCGGACUCCUCUCUCCCCUGCGCAGCAGCGAAGCACCCGGCCAUCCGCCGCCGCUGCCGUUGUCCAAAGAUCAGCCAGGCUUCGCUGAUUGCUCCUGGCCUGCAGCACAGCCUCCUCCCGGGAUGUCUCAUGGCUGCUCUAAGUGCGUCUGGCCUCUGUCUGCCUUGUAAAAGGGAGAGGAUCCAUCGAGCAGCCUGCACACACAGAGCAAGGAGCAGGGCACGGAGGGAGGAGACGGAGCCGCACGCACCCGGCCCCGCUGCCGUUAGCGGACGUAGCGGGGAAGUCUCCAGGGAAGGGGACGAAAAUUGAACUUGCAGCAAAGGAAUUAAAGAGCUGGUGAUUUACACCUAAAAAUAGAGCAGAGCCACAGCUCCUGUCACCCUGCAAGGGGAAGUGGGAAAAGCACGGCACUUAAAUUACAUCCAUCGCGGCUCCCAGGCUCCAACGUCACCACCUGAGCCUCCAACCCCUCCGGCACACCCAACGGGCUCGCUCGGGGCCUGCCCAGCCCGGGCUGCUCGGUGGGGCUGGUCACAAACCGUGCUCUGCUCCGCCACGGAGCAGGCAGCAUUUUCAUGCAAGUCCAGGUCUCCUGAGGACACUUCUGCAGCUCCGGUGGGCUGAUGGCAACGAUUUGUGUUGGCUGGGGGAGACCUUUUAGAAAAGCAUCCCAUGGCCUCGACGCACAGAAUGGAAAUCUUUUGAUCUUCCCCUCCAAAAUGACAUUUUCUGUUUAGAAGUUGACAUUUAACUUCUAUUUUUUAAGGUACAGGUACAUAAAAAGCUCGCAAGCAGAACGAUUUGCUCCAGAUCAAACAAAACAUUCCGUUCAACCCUCAUUAUUUUCCUGCCGCUAAUUAGGAAGAAAAGCCAAGAAAUGGGAACCUAAUUAAUUUAUACUGCUUCUCGUGACUCACUGAGUUAAUGCAGAUCCCGCAGCGGGGCUGCAGGGCCAGCACCCACCCAGCGCUCAGGAUGAAGCCGCCCCUGGCCUGGAUCCCUGCAGGAUCCGUCCCCCUGAACACAAGGUGCCCGGGCUGACUCCCAAACCUUGACGACGAGCUCAAUUAUACAUAUAUGCCUCUAGAAACCAUGUUGGUGCUGCACGGCAGUCAACAGCCAUUAAGUCCCGUUGCUAUUUGCUGCAGAUACAGCCUUUAUUUAUUAUUUUUUUUUAGGUCUGACGUUACCAUCCCACAGCCCUUGCUCAAACAGCCGGUCCCACCGCACAGCCACUGAAUCGCCCCUUGUUUUCCUUCCCUUCCCCUCGCACUGCAAACAAACUGGGGGCGACGGGAAGGGAGUUUGCUGUGAUAGGAGAUCAAUAGGUGCCUGGCACAGCCUCCAGCUCGCUUAGGCUUGUGUGCUCAGCCCGUCUGCCUACGGCGAGGCAAGCGUGCAUGAGAAGGUGACCUGCCCGGCCCCUGCCGCUCUGCAGGAGAUAAGAACGACGUUGAUAGAGUCAAACCCUGCAUGAGUCAAACCCUGAGAGCUCCACAACCACCUACAUCAAGGGAAGGCCUUCAUCCCAGGCAAAGGGCUUACGGCGUCUCCGCAUCUCGCCAGGAGGGGCUGGCGAGGGUUUUGCGGCAGGGCUGGUGAAGUCUGAGAGCCUGGCAGCUGCACCAUCCUCCUGCAGCAGCACUUUGCAGCCAGCUCCUGCUCGUGAGCCCCUAACAAAGCCUCCGAUGGAGGGGACACGUCUAGGCAUCCUGCACCCCCGAGGCGGCUGGAGGAAGCACACCCCCGAGGCGGCUGGAGGAAGCACACGUGCUUGCCUUUCCCAGAUCUCCUCUGGGGACCUUCAGGGAGCAAAGCCCACGCCUCACAAUGGGGUAAACAGAGAAAAUGCUGCAGCCAGAGCCUUCCUCCUCAGCAGGACGCUGAGUGAGAGCUCCUCGUGCCCCUUGUGCACCGAGGAUGGGAUCCAGAGCAUCAGCACGGCUGGCCUGGCACACCGCAGGAUCCAGGGACAAGGAGGACAGCUCAGAGCCGACCUGGGGUGAGAGGCUGUGCUAUUCUGUGCCCAGAGCCUUUUAGAGAGGGUCUAUGGAGCCAUUUAAUGCAUUCUGGCUGCUAGGACGAGCAACAGCCGAGGGAACUGGCGAUACCUGGAGCGGGUCUGGUGUGCCGUGAAACCAGCCGUCGCUGCAGGGCACCGGGGGCACUGCUCCUCUCCAUCCCAGUGCCGGCCACUGGUGGGAAGGGCUCAGAGCACGAGGAGCAGCCCAUGAACCCCACGUGAGUCCGCAACAGCUUGGCAGGGCAGGGCGAGGAGUCCUGGAAAGGGAAAAGCCUCUUCUGGUAACCCAGCGCCUACAGCAACUUCAUGCAGGAAUGUGCCUCUCAUCCAGCCCGUGGUGCCAGCGCCUUGCCUUUCCUCGGAAGCACCCACGUGGCUCCCCCAGGGCUGCUGGCUCCGCCGAGGGCCGUACCAGCCGUGGCAGGAGUCGCCUGGCUCCAGGGGGAUACAGGAGGGCCAAACUUUACGCCCUGGUGGUGCAGCCCCCUCCCAGCCACAGGCAGCGCCAGCAGAGAAAUGCUCACGGAUGAUUAAUGUACUGCCCCCCACCAGGAAAACACAAGGUUGUGUUUUAGUGCAGGGCUGGAUUUGGGGAUGCAGAAGGGUCCCGAAAAGAUGAGCAGUCUGGGGAACGCAACCAAAUGCGCCCCUUCAUCCUGCACCAGCUGCAGGCAGGGGCUGCAAGCAGAUGAGCCGCGCUCCCUGCCUGCCCUGACGUCCCUCCGUGCGUGCGCCCCCGCAGAAGCAAAACGCCCCCCUCGGCGAGGGAAGCCUCGUUCCCCCUGCACAGAGCCCUGCUGGAAGGUCGCAGGGGGUGAGGACGCUGCGCUCCGGCCAAAUGAGAUGCUGGUGCCUUGGGACCUUGACGGCAGCGCUGCAGUACUGCAGCGCAGGAGGAGGAUGCAACGAGCCCAGGCACACGAGGCAGAUCUGAAUCAUCUGCAGGCACCCUGGCUAUCAGCCUGCCAGGAUGGGUGCACCGCCCUGCAGAGAGCUGCUGCGUGCACUCACAAACAAGCUGCUUACGCAAACGGAGAGAGCGACUACGACGACGAGAGCUCUCUUUCCUGGGGCCCAAUGCAGACCGAGCACGCGGGCACCCAGAGCCCCUCCGGCACGGAGCUGGGGACGGGUGCCUGCUGCUGGAUUUGCAAUUUGCCAGCUCAGCUCUUCCCCGCCUUUCUUCCCAGGCACCCGGCAGGGCACAGCUCAGGGAAACCCGCUGAGACCUUUGCACGGAGGAUCUGCAGGCUCACAGCACACCACGCCUGGGGAUCCCAGCAGCUUACCCGGCGCCGUGCCGCGGCACAACCAAGCACGCACCGGGGCUUUCCCUCGCAGAGCAGCGAGCCCAGCACAGAGCUGGAACAUCUAGAUGCUCAAUCUCACCACAUCCUCCCCACACCGGCUCAUGCUCUGCAGGCGCUGGCUUCCGCACCCCAUCCAGCUCGAGAGGAUUUCCUGCUGGAAAACCAAGAGCGAGGGUGCCCCCGGCGAAGGCUGAGCUCUUCCCAAAUUAAACCUUGCUGCCCUGACCAGGAAUGUCUGCUCACAGCCAGCUGAGCCCGAGCACUCUUUAAUCUUCCCUCCCCAGCCCGAAAUGAUACACUAAUUAACCACGAUGAACCGACAUUAAACGCUUUGCCCCGCUGUGCUGCGCCGUGCCGCAGGCAGCAAACCGCAGCGGCGGUGCUGGUGCCCUUCGGCAGGAAGGGGCCCGUCCCGAGCCUCUGCACCAAUUUACUGGCAAGUGCUGCCACUUGUGCCAACCUCAACCAGCCUGUGCAGGGCUCAGCCCUGCCAGCACCGCCCCGGAGAGCUGGCCCCGACACGGGGCAUGCAGCACAAGCACAACGCUCGGGGGAGAGCAGCGGGACAGCCGCCGCGUGGGACGGAGCUGGCCUCCAGGAGAGGACAGGACGGCUGCCUCCGAUGAGGCUGGGGCAGCCCAAAGCCUGCCCGUGUCCCACACGUCCUUGUCACCCGGUCGGUGGCACCUCGGCUGGGUUGACAGAGCGCUGCUGGAGCACAUCGGGCUGGGCAGCACCAGCUCCAGCAGAAAGCAUCCGUGCGCCGCAGGAGAGCACCGUGACGGUGAUCCGCGGACAGGAGCGUUUAGUAGAAACACUUGAAUUUUUUUGAGAGCAGGGAGAACUGCUGCAACAAAAGGCACGUACCCUCAUUUUAUCUCCGAAGCACUCACAAGAAAUUAACAGAUCAAUUGGGAGUCUUUUACAGAGCUGGUAUUAAUUUCCUCUCAGCUGUAAAAAGGAAAUGAGAAACAAAAGACAUUAAAUGGACUUGCCCGCGUCCCCAAGCGAACAGCGUGAGAGCUGGCAUCAGAACUCAGCAGCUCCCAAUUUCCAGUCCUAUGUUUAGAUAAUGCCUCUCCUUCAAACCAAAAGGAAAGCCAAGGGCACUCUGCAUGAGAAGCAGAUAUAAAGAAGGAUCUACUCGCUAUUACAGGAGGGACCCGUGGCGCCCUGGACUGUCACCCAACGGCUCCAGAAUUUCAAGCAGGGAGGAAACACGGAGCCACCCGCAGAUGCUGCUGGAGCAAGCAGUGAUGCCUGGCAUCUCGAAGAGCCCUGGGCUGCUUGGUUUCUUGAGGAGCCCUCUCCCAGACCCCGUGGGGCAGAGCUGUGAGCACAGCAGUGGCCCUUCGCCUCCCGAUGGGAACGAGGGAGGCGUAACGCAGCCUCACCGGGGCUCCUGCUCGACGAGAUGCUGUAAAAACCAACGUUCUCCUCCAGAGGAGCUUUGGAAAACUGCUCAAGGAAGGAACUGCUUGGCGCUAGGUGCCAAGCUGGAUAUGAAAAACCUCCACCGAGUCCAAGGUACCCCCGGUAGCCCCGGUCCUGCCAGCUCGGUGCCGGCAUUCCUCUGGCGGGCACGUUCCCCGGCCGCUCCCAAGCCAGGGGCUGGGAUUACCAAACCUGCUGAAAGCCUGCAGAGCGGCUCCACGCUCGUUUUGCUAAGGCGUGACCGUGUGAACCUUCCCCUGCCUGUGGCAGUGGUCCAGCAGCCGCUGGGCACGCGGGGCCAAAGCUCUGCUGCGGCUGCUGCAGGACUCAGGCUGAGCCCGCAGCCCCGUCCCGGGGCCGGUGGCAUCGCACCGGCACGCUGGUAUGGCUGGGUUCUUGGGGGCAUGGCUCAUUUACCCCAAAAGACUGAAUUUUCUAUAUGGCAACAGCAUCCUUAUCUGGGUUUGUAUCCUCCAGCCACAUCAGAGAGGUGACAGCAGCUGGAGUAGAGCUCUUUGAGAUGGCCCAAUAAAAAAAAGGCUACAAAAACCGUUCCAGCUCCAUGGAAAAGGGCCAGGAGCUAAACAUAACCGCUCGGCAGCCGUAUUUUUCUCAGACUUCUUCAGCUGCUGCAGCGUGCGCUGGAUGCCACAAAUAGCUGGGCUAGGAGGGGUCGGUGCAGCCGAUCUGGCUGAAGCCGUGGGCUUUCUGCAAUAAAACCGUCCACGUUACCUUUGUACAGCACAAAGCUGAAGCUCACACUGCUCCGUGAAGAUACUGAACUGCUCUGGAGCAGAAGACACUCAAGGCGAUGUUCGGAGACUGCUGGUCACCCAGAAUAAGACUGCAAUCGCUCUCCCAGCUUCUUGCUUUCAACCACACGGUGCAGCAUUUAAUAACUGGUUCCUGCUGGCCCUUGGAGCCCCAGAAAGAGUUAAACCUGAGCGAGCCCAAGGUGACCACUGGUAAACUCCCCAGGCAGAGCAAUGCCAAUCGCCCUUCCCAGGAAGGGCAGAUUUCCUACCAGGAACACGGGCAGGAAAGACAAACAAAAGCUUUUCAGGAAACAACCUGCUGGUAGCCACUGCGAUCAGAGGGAGGAUGCGAUUGCAAUAUCUCCCCGAUUACUACCGGACUUCGCGAACCGAGACAAAGCCGCGCCACCUGCAGCACACGACGGCGGUGAGCCGGGAGCCAACGCGAGUGUCCAGCCGCUUAGCCUCUUCCUGAGCUCCCCGCGGGAGCUGCCGUGACGCAGUUUCACGCCAGGACCCGAGGGGCUGACGAGUCCCAGGGGCCGGGAGCCACCUCUUCAGGCACCGUUUCAGCCUUCCUGUGCUGCGACAGGGUCGGUCCUCCAGCAUCCUUCCCUAGCAGGAGCAUGCACGGUGAUAUUUCGCGCCCAGCCAACCUAAUGUACGUGCUCCUGGUGGCAGAUGCUCUCUUUUCUACGCGGCAUUUCACAGGCACGAGGAGCCCGUACAUUACCCCAGGGACCGGGACUGCAGAGGGAAACUGAGGCUGGAUACUCCAGCUCUCCUGUUUAAAGGUCUGCGCACGCUUAAGUCUGUGCCUGUGGCAUUUGUGCUGCUAAAACCUCCAGCACCAGGGCGAGAAGCUGCCUGCUGUAUGGAUUUGUCACUAAGAUUUGGCAUGUCGUGACUCCUAAACGCAGAGUAAUUCCAAGCCCUGAAAAAACCCUGCUGUAAAUCUCCAAAAGGGAGCCUGCUUCUGCAGAUGUGCCUCCUGCAGGCUUAAUAGAGAGAGGGGAAUGAUUUCUCUACCACCACCCACUAUUAAGUGGAAUUCAAGAGCCGUCCCUCGAGGCUGAUUGUGUUACGACUUUCUGGAGACAAAGACCAUUGCAUGCUAUGAUGUUUAUGAGUCACUCCUGGGCAACCCGAGGAAACGCAUUUGUUCCCUUCUGAUUACGAGAAGUACUUUGUACUCUUCAACUUUCCACUCCGGGAUCUCAGAACAUCGCACCAACUUCUUGAGCCUUCGGUCAGCCCUGUCCCCAUCACAUCCAUCGUGCUGGGGAUGGAGCUAGCAUGUGGGCCAAGCUCUCUUGGAGGCAACCCCGAGCCACGCGGUGACGUACCACCAAAGCAAAAGCUGCCCAAUUUUCACCACGUGGCUGUGAGCAGCGAUCAAUCUUUGAUCUCGCCUUGGCUGAGCAACCCGCAGCAGCAACGUGUGUGUGCGUGCCUGCCUGCAACGAUUUUAAUUUCAGUUCUUCGUUCCCAAGCAGAAGCACGCGGGUGUUCUUCUGCCCGAGGACAGAGCAGGAGAACAAAACACCACAAGAUAUCCCUCCCUCAAUUAAUACACAACUGGUAGGUGCUGGAAAAUUAGAGAGAGAAGCGAGAUACCAUCAAGCAUCACGUAGAAUAGGCGGCGAUCGUACGACUCGCCUCAAGCAGCAGCACAUCCGUGGGCAGGAGAACCGAGCAUCGACACUUGGCCAGAGCCAAACUAUGGCCACAAUUCCCCUUCAAAGCUUCACUUUGAAGCCAGCCAGCAGAGAUUUCAAAACCCCAAGGCUGUUAUCAAGCUGCACCAGAGAGAGAGGUGCACCAGAGAGGUGCAGCUCGGCUCUGGCACCAGAACUGGAGCUCCGUCUCGGCUCAGCUAGCCCUUGUUUUCGUGGAGUAUUCCUGAUGGAUUUGGUUUUCUUUGAACAAAUUAAGCCUUGGGGACACAAAAAGAAAAAAAAAGAAAGUAAUCAAAUGUUUACGAGGCAGCUGCAGUAAUUCAUCUUCAUCAUUGCUUGCUUAAAGUUUCCUCUUUCAGUGCCCACAACCGCAUUCAGAGAGCGCCUGCUGGGGCGAUGCUCUUGGCGCAGGACUGCCUCCUGCACGACCCUGGGACAGCCCAGAGCCAAACCCCAGUCCCCUGAGCUCCCCAGUUCCCCUGAGCUCCCUUGCAGACAAGGAGCUCCGUUCCCUGUGCCGCAGAUACCCGUAACCCAAAGAAGGACCCUCUCCCCUUCCCUCCAGCUCCAGCCAGUUUGCAUUUCUCUAUGAAUGCUUCGCAACCUGUUUUGCCACGCUAAUUGAAGGCAGCAGACUACUUCUCCACCCCACUAAUUUUUAAGGGAUCUCUGGCAGCUUUGGGUAUUAUGGAUAAGCUGUGGCUGCGUGCCUGAGAUGUUCUGGGGUAGAGGACAUCACUGAGACCAUCUGACGCAGGGUCCUGAAAACCAAACAGGCCAAAUACCAGCUCCUUCUGCUUCUACCCCCAAACCAUCCCAGGUCUAUCUGAGGUCUCAGGGGAGGGACAACUUCCCUACGUGUCCCUGAGAGCUGGGCCACCGCUGGUCCAGGCUCUGGCCAUUGCGGGACUUUGCCAGUCAACACUCACAUCCCAAAUCCCACCUGCAAGCUUUGUGGGAAGCUCGCCCUUCCCCUGCCCCUGGCACAAUUAAUAAAUGGGACAAAACAAAAGCUUCAGUUCCCGAACGGCCUUUGGGUUCAGAAAGCACAGCAGGUGACCAGGUCCCCGUGCAGGGGAAAGUCACGAUUGCAAAUCACGCAUAAUUCUGUUUUAAUGGUCAUUAUGCCUCGCCGGGGAGGUCCGGGCUGUGAUUAGCAGCACUGCUCUCACAGGCGUGUUCAUCUUUCCCCACUCCAUCACCAUCCUGUACUCCACAGCAGGAACCUUUCGCUCUUCCAGCCUUAAUUAACGUAAUGGUUUUCUCAGAUCCACGGAGGGAACAGUUUGGAUGCUUUUUUUUUUUUUUUUUUUGCUCAGACAUCAGCAACGGGCAGACCAGGAAGAAAACAACACCGUGGACGUUCCUUCUGAGAUGGCAAACCAGAAAGGGAGAGAAGGCAAACCACAGCAAGCGCUGGAUCAUUCCCCGACGAGGAAGCCGAACGCAACAAGUCUGCAUUAGCAGAGGCUGUUUAAAUUCAUUAGCACGACAAUUUACACUUGGGUGGCACCAGCUGCAUCAGUACUUCAAGCUCCUUCCCUUGGUUAUUCACCAGGCCUCAGUUCCCCUGCAGAACAGCCCCCAGCUCGCCGACAAACGGGGCGACGCGUGCCGGGCUUUGGGGCGCUCUCAGCCCGCACGCCUGCCCGCCAGGCUCCCGCCUUCGUAUUUGCAGCCCCUGCACAUAAGGAGCGGGCAGGCUGUAGGACAAACCUUGGGCUCCCCGAGGGAACCCACAUCAGAGUGCCCAGACCCAGAUGACAGAGCCCACAGAGCCUGCGGCAGCCCAAACCCAUCCCAGCGGAGCGGCUCUGCCAUCGCCCGGCCCCGCCGUGCUCCCGCGUCCUCGCCCCACGGAGCCUGCGAGCCCUGCCAGGCAGACGGCGAGCAGAGAUAACUCCCAGAUAACGGGGAGCAGAGAUAACUCCGGGCGUGCUCUCGCCACGCGUCAUGCACACGUAUUUCCGACACGAUGACGAAGGCUGAAGCACGUCCGAACGUUUCUUCUCGUCUCCUUCCCGAGCCGUACAAACGGCAUUGCUCUCCCGGUGCUGUCCCCUCGUGUCCCGUCUCAGGGAUGAAUUUCUGCACCCCAAACCUGCUGCUCCCCGCUCCCUGCCUCCAGCACAACAGGUUUGCUACCCGGCUCAUUCACCCCAACAAGUCCUCGCCCCCAGCUUUCAGGUUUUUGUGAGACCUCCGGGGUGGCCCCUCCAGGAGCACCCAGCCCCAGGAGACGGAUGCGGCAGGCUGAAAACCAGAGGGUGGCAUUUGAAAAGCGCUCAAGCGUUUUAGCACCCAAGUCUGGCUGUCAGACUGCAGCUGUCAGCCUCUAAAAACGUUCCCUCGCCAAUUUGGAAACCGUCCCCGCUCCUCCGAGCGCAGGAUCCGACCCGCCGUGCCCACAGCUGCCCCCAGCCUCCGCCAGGCUCGCUCUGCCCACAACCCAAACGUGCGUUGGUCACGUUUUGCUCGUCUUUUUCCAGCUCCUAUCACCAGCCCGCAGGCCCCGGGGACUUCCUUAAUCUCGUUCCUCUCCAGACACCAGCAGCGACAGGGACGGCCAGCCGGAGCUGGCCAAAGGCAACCAACCGCCCCCGCAGCGCCGCCGCUGAACGCAGGAGCUUGACCCGCUGCGUGCCUCGUGCCCUGCAAACGGUGCUGAGACGUGUCACCAAAUCCCAGGGCUUUGGGCUCCCUCUCUGCCAGGACAGCUGGCUCUGCAGGGACACCCUCCCCAGGUGGCUUUAGGGCGCUCUGACAAGGACAGGGGCGAUGAGGGGCCAUUUUCCUGCAGGCACCGGGACGGUGCUGGCUGCUGCCAGACAGGCCGUGAGAGACGGAGACACCCCGCACAGCCCCGGCCCAGGCACACAAACAGAGCAAGGGCUGCAAAGGGGGCAGAGAAGGCAGAGCAAUGACUCAGUGAUUACUACGGGCUCCAAGCAGAGCCCGCUCCACCGGGCGCUGAAUUAGCGUCUCGCACGCACCAGCGAGCAAAAGCAGGGCAGGAGAGCUCGGCCACAUAGUGCUGCCUCGCAGGUACCCUCUGCAGCAGUCCCUUGUGCAGACGUGUAGGAAAUAACGUCCCCGAUACCUGCUUGAGCUGCUAGGUGCAGCGGUGAGGCUGCUCCGUGAAGGACCGUGGGGACCUGGGAGCUCUCCGAUGCAGGAGAGCCACUUGGUGCAGCUGAUCCUACAAAUAACACGGCCGUCCUCCAUCAGACCUGGCCCCAGGAUGGAAAUGUGACUGCUGUGCUUUUCUGUUUUAAAAGGCAGGACCUGAGACGGGCUUUGGGGACGCAGCUAACCCCGCAGGUGGGCAGGAGCGGGUGCCGUGGCUGGUGGUUUGCAGCAAAACUCCGACCACCAGGCCCCAGGCCGGGCCUGGACGAGCCAGCGAGGGGACUGCUCACCACAAGCGGCUGUUUACAGCCCUGACUCACUCCUUCCCUUUCCCCCGAAACGGAAAAAUAUUUACAGCUGAACCCGAACGCUCCUCAUCGUCUCCUGGAGCUGUUGGAGCUGAAAGGUCGUUCCCCUCUGCUGCUGGGCUCAGGUCCUGUCCAGCCGGUCCUGUGCUGGGGACGGCACCCAGCCCUUCGCCACCCACUCCUCCAGCGCCCUGCAAAGGAAACCCUCCCGGUGCCCUUACAAAGCCCUUGCAAACAGCCUCGAGGAGGCUGAAAAUACUGCUCGAGCACGAAGGGAAGCAGGCAGCAGGCAGCAGCAGCCGUGCCCUUCCGCGCUGGGAUGAGGCAACACAGAAGCAGCCCACGCCUGCGAGACACGCGUCGGUCACAAGCGACAUGUCCCGUCCCAAAAAGCGAGGUGCAGGAGUGAAAUGAGGGGAUGAAAUGCCUUGAAGGGGUGUCCCCAGGCUCCCUUUAUGUCUCCCUUGAAGCCCCAAAGGCUGUCUGCGAAUUACCCAGAGCAAUAAGGAGAAACUGAGCAACAGGACGAGGGUCUGGCUGCAUCUCCUGGCACUCUGUACGUGCUUCCGAGCCCCUGGACUGCCUACGCUGUGUGGUCACCCUGUGUUACCCCAGGUGGGGACACCCAGAGGCCACGUGUGGGGCUGAGACAUGGCGGUGGCUCUGCAGGGCGCUCCUCCACCGUGCGCGGCUCCACCACCGGCCCACCCAGGGGCAUCCUGAGCUGCAGGAAGGGGAGGUCGGGAGGCACUGAGCCCUCACGGGCAGCAAAGGCCAGGUCCCAGCCCAGGCUGCCUGAAUUCCUGAAUUCCCCUGUGUUGAGGAAAGCCCCUCGCUUUUCCCCCGCACCGCUGCCUGCUCCCGGAGCAUUGAGCCGCGUGCGCUACCAGCGCCUGCGGGGGAAACAAGGCUUGUUUUGCUGCUCCUGCAGAGCUUCUUCUGAUGCAGGACAGGAUGGAUGGGGCGAGUAUUUAGAUGUGGAGCGGCGAGACAUCCGUGCAGGUCACAAGCCGAGGGAGCCUGAAUAUUCGGCUCUACCAGCAACGUGGGAACGGCACGCCGAGCCAGCCCCGCCGUCCCCCUCACUCUGACGCAGUUUCAAAACCCUGGGGAAGAGGACGAUGCCCCGUUACGGCUCUGCUGCCAAAGCCCCUGCUACUUCGGUAGCCGAAGGUACGGUUUUGGCAUCAGCAGCAUCCCUGCAGAGCACCUGCCAUCCUUGAGGGACCCUUGCCAGAGUUGCAAGGCAGCUCCUAAAAUACUCCCCAUCACCGCACAGCCCUGCGCAGUACUUUUAAUGUGAACAAACCAAGCUCAGCUGACGACCAGAAAUAACUUUCCAUGCAACGCAAACAAACCCUAACUUCAGGGAAGGCUCCCAGAACAGCUUCUGGCUGCCCAAGGGGACAUCCCCGUGCCCCACGGGCCCUCCGCUGCUCACGGGGGGCAUCGGGCAGCGAGCAGAGGUUCCCAAAUUGUGCCCUGAGUUCGGCCGAGAGCAGGGCCCUGGCUGGACAGGGGCCAGCCGUGUUAGCCCCUCCUUUCUCCUCCGGCUUCCGCACAGAUACUCCUGAUUUCAUCACUCUUUACUCCCCGAGACAGACAGCAGAGAACGCGGUGCAGUAGCCCCGAACAGCUAGCAGAGGUCGCUUAACAUAUGCUAGGUGAGGCAUGGGAAAGAAGAUUUCAGGGCCGCGUUUCCUGCGGCGAGGCUCCGUUCAGCUACGCGCGCUUUGAAGCAUUUUGCUCCACGGGGGAAGCCCGGAAGGGAUGAAGCCCGCGUGUCCUGCCUCGCCGCGCCGCUCUGCUCACCCGGGAAGCCUCUGGGUCGGAAACGUUUUCACUCGUUUGCCUACGCGUGAAUAAAACAUGCAGGAGGGA